GAUUUAUUUUCUAAUGGCAUUGUCGGUGAGUUGUGCGAUUUCGUUUAAUCAAAGAUACGAACAUUCGAUGGAUACAAAUUUGAAUUACGAAUCGGAUAGUAAUCCGUGGUACAACGUGAAAAUCGAUCCGAUGAAUUCGGAAUCAUCGGAUUCGAUUUAUGUUAAGAAAAUACCGAGGGAGGAUAAAAAUGUUAAAAAAAUAUUAUCACCACCGUUUAAAACGGAAAAGGAUAAUACGAGGUAUAAGGUUUAUAGUUAUAUUAAAUAUAGGAUAGGACGGAUCGUAUAUGUUACGAUCGAAUGUAUGAAUCGAAUAAAAAAUAAUAUUUAUUUUUAUUCUAUUUACAACAGUGGAAAGAAAGAAAAUACGUCGGUACGUUCGAAUAUUCGAAAUCGUAGAUCGAACACGUUGAAGAUCAUAGAUUCAGGAUUUUCCACUUUGGAGAAUCAUGAUGGAUCCAAAAUGGCGGCGGCGGCGGCGGCGACUAUGUCGACCACAGCAACAGCUGCCGCAUCCGAGCAACGCGUAAACGAUCGAAUUGAUCCAUUUGGAAAAAAUAAAAAUCCUUAUAGAUUCGGCGAGGAAAUGUUUACGGCAGACGAAACAAAUCCCGAAAUGUCUAAAAAAUAUAAAAACGAAAAUGAAAAUUGCGAAAAGAUAAUACGAGAUUCAAUGGUUUGUAUGGUUUGCAAGGAUAUUAAAAGUAAAGCUAAGUACGAACAAUGUUCUUACGUAUCGAAACCAAAUGAAAAGUCUUACGCUUAUACGAAGUCAAAGUCCUUUGGAAAGAUUCGCAAUGAGAAUGACAAAAACAAAAACAAUGAUGACGACAAUGAUAAUAAUGGCGGCGGACGUUUGGCUGAAAAUACGAAGAAGAGGAAGAAGGAUGAAGAAGAAAAAGAAAAAGAAGAAGAAAAAGAAGAAAAAACGUCAUCGUCGAGCGAUUGUAAAAAGAUCGAGAAAGAUGGUAAAACUUGUACGAUAUGUAAGGAUCCAAAAAAUGGUGGAAAUUAUGAGAAAUGUUCUUACGCAUAUCAACCGAUGGAUAAGAUAUAUAAAUUUAGUAGAUCUAAAUCAUUCGGUUAUCCUGAAAAUUUGUCGGGAGAUAUUAAAAAGGACGUUAGUACGAUUGAAGAUUAUCCGAAAGAAUCAAGAUACACGGAUUAUUCGAAGGAUUAUACGUUGCCGUUCGAUCAAAUUAAGAAAACUAAUUAUGAUGAAAAAUCAAUACCAUCUGUUAAGAUCGAUAAUGAAUCAUCGUACGAUUCUUAUAUACCGGAUCAUUACAAGAGCCCGUCCGAAUAUAAAUCCGAAUCGGAAAAGAAUUCUGAAAAGAUAGAUCGUACGAAUUGCAAAGUUAUCGAGAAGGAUUCGAUGACGUGUAAAGUAUGUAAGGAUCCUAAAAAUGGUGAUAACUUUGAACAAUGUUCAUACAGUUAUAAACCAAAGGACAAGGUUUAUGCUUAUACAAAGGGUAAAUCGUUUGGUAGCCCAACGAAAUCCAAUAACGAUGAUGACGAAAGGAAAGAAUCGACGAAUAUUUAUGACGUGCAAGAGAACGUAAAGGAGACAAAAGUUGAUAUGCCUUAUGAUCAAAUUUACGAUAAAUUUUAUCAAAAUGUAUAUGAUAAAAAGUACGACGAUAUAAAAAGUACACCAUUGGAUUCCUCGGAAAAUACGAAAAGUUCGAUAUACGUGCCAACUUCGGAUCUGACGGAUAAAAUGUCGUCCGACGUAAAAGGAGAGAAAUUAAUUAAUAACAAGGACGAUCGUUAUUUCGAGGAUAGUAAAAGGAAAAAGGAAGAGAUUGAAAAAUUCAUGAAAGAGUUUCAAAAGGAGGAUCGUUCGAAUUGCAAAAAAGUAAUUAAAGACAAUAUGACAUGUUACAGGUGCAAGGACGACAAAGAUAUUCAUAAGGAGGAAUGUAUAUUUGUCGGUGAUGAAGACGUUAAAAAUAAUAAUAAAGAUCGAUUGACAUAUAGGGAGGUUAAACAAUUCAAAUUUGAUCCCGAUAUAAAAUCCUCGGGUUCGUCCUUGAGCAAACGCAAUUCUAAUGAUAAAAUAAUCGCCGAUACUGAUAUAUUAGAGCCAAUAGCUUCGCCGAGCGAAGAUUCUUAUGCGAGGACAAUGACUUCUGAUGACGCUGAAAAAACAACGGAUGAAGAAACAUUACACGAGGUUGAACCUUACGAAUACGUUGCCGAGACUCGACCAAUUUAUGACAAAAACCUUGGAUUAACAUUACCAGCGUUUAUGUUAACUAAAUCGGAACAAGAGCAAGAAUUCGACGAUGUUGUUGCGUCGAGUAGAAUUUGAUCUGAUUGAUCGAUCG